UGUGGUCUCUAGUCCCAUAACCGAAUUUUUUAAAGAUGCCGGUUUUAUCCAAGACUGGUCUACAUAUUAAGGCAACUAUGGAUGAGGAUUUGUUGGGAGAAGGCUUUGAAAAAGUUAACAGAAAUCUUUACAACAAGCAUACUAAUCCGAUGGGAAUCAUAAAUCUUGGCACAGCUGAAAAUAAACUGAUGUUUGAUGUUCUUUCUAAGAAGUUUAGUGAGCCUGAAUUAAAUGUGUGGAAAGAAGAAAUGCUGAUGUAUUGUGACUUUGCUUCCAUCUAUGAGUUGCGGGAGUCAAUUGCUGAAUUUCUGACAGCUAAAAGCAAUGCAGUAACCCCUCUUGAUCCUAAUAAGAUGGUGGUUAUGAAUGGAUGUGGUUCGGUUAUAGAAACAAUUGCAUUUGCCAUCUGUGAUGCAGGAGACGCAUUUAUGACACCAAGUCCAUACUAUGGGGGCAUAAUGCAAGACUCAAUUCUCAGAGCUAAAGUCAACAUCCAUCCAGUCCAUCUCCACUCAGAGAUAAAAGAAAAUGAAACAAAACCAUAUCAACUAACAGUUGAAAAACUUGAGAAAAGUUUAGAAGAAGCAAAAGCAAAGGGGAUAAAUAUCUGUGGACUGUUCCUCGUGAAUCCUCAUAACCCGCUAGGUGAAAUAUAUUCAACAGAGUUGAUCAAAGAUUGUCUCCAGUUUUGUCAUAAGCAUUCUAUUCAUAUAAUAUUUGAUGAAAUAUACCUGACGAGUGUGUUUAAAGAAGGUGUCCAGCCUACUAGCAUCCUUCAAUUCAAACCAGAAGAUAUUCCAGACCCUGAGAGAACCCAUCUGAUAUGGGGCUUUAGUAAGGACUUUGCAAUGUCUGGGAUGCGUGUCGGUAUCUAUUAUGGGUUUUCUGAUGUCGUUCGUCAGCAGAUCGUGAAUCAGUGUUGCUUCACAGGGAUUCCUGGAUUUAUUCAGGUGAUGUUGUCCAAAAUGCUGAAAGACAAGGGUAGGUCAAUAUAACAAUGAACUUUA